UUUCUGAAUGAAAUUGUGCGUGCGCUUCAAGGCCGUGAAGUGAUUACUGAAUAUAAAAAUGAAGAUCUUAAAAAUGAGUUGAGAUACAAAAAGAAUUCGAAAUGUAAAGAGUGCUAUGAAAACUUAUUAAAGGAACUUGCGCCACUAUGUAGAUCGUGUAAAAAGAGAAAG